AAGCAUUUUCCUUGGGUUAGCGGUUGACAGCACUGUUGUAAAAACUGAGGGGAGGGGUUCUGCAGGAACACGAUCAGAGACAGACCAGCACUGCACCACCGCCUUCUUUUUUGCAGGGUCUUCAACAUUCAACAAGAGAAGCUUUUAGCUCCAGGGGUCAAACUAUCGGGGCUUUUUUUUUUCCUCCCGAGACUCGUCGCGCCUUCUGUGGAAAAGCACUUAACAGCAGGGGGGAAAUUACAACGGGAGUGUUGGUCAAAAAAGCAGCAAGCUACCAAACUAGUUGUUUUGUACCCAAUGACACAGACUGCGGAGAAAGCAAGAACGCUGUUUCGUCGAGACUAAACGGGUUUACUCUUCUAAAGGCAACAGAGUAAUUAAGAACAACUGGGGACAAUGACCGAAAAGGAAUCCGUGAGCGACAUCGGUACUGCAGAUUCGGUUUCUGCGUACUCGUCUCCUGCGAAAAGUGUGGGGGAUCCUGGAAUCACCCCCCUGUCUCCCUCGCAUUCUUUGAAAGACUCAGACCAAAAUGUCCCUGCCCAGCAGACUUACGUUGUUGUCGUGGCUAUUGAUUUUGGCACCACAUCCAGUGGUUAUGCCUACAGCUUCACUAAAGAGCCAGAGUGCAUUCACAUUAUGAGGCGAUGGGAGGGUGGAGACCCUGGAGUGUCCAAUCAGAAGACCCCCACCACCAUCCUGCUGACUCCGGACGGGAAGUUCCACAGCUUUGGAUACGCUGCCCGGGACUUCUACCAUGAUCUGGACCCCAGCGACUCCAAACACUGGCUGUAUCUGGAGAAAUUCAAAAUGAAGCUGCACACCACCAGCACUCUAUCGACAGAGACAGAACUGCUGGCGGCCAAUGGGAAAAGAGUCAAAGCCCUCGACAUCUUUUCAUAUGCACUGCAGUUCUUUAAGGAGCAGGCACUGAAGGAGCUGAGUGACCAGGUAGGCUCAGAGUUUCACAGCUCUGAUGUGAGAUGGGUGAUCACUGUACCAGCCAUUUGGAAGCAGCCAGCAAAGCAGUUCAUGAGGCAAGCUGCGUAUAAGUCUGGACUGGUAACCCCUGACAACCCAGAGCAGCUAAUCAUCGCCCUGGAGCCAGAGGCCGCCUCCAUCUACUGUAGGAAGCUCCGCCUCCACCAGAUGAUUGACCUGAGCUCCAAGACAGCAUUCAACGGCUACAGCCCGACUGAGACCAUAGGAACUGGGAUGACACAGGCCAAGGAAGUCGUCCGACGUAACCGGCAGAGCCGCACCUUUUUGGUGGAAAAUGUCAUAGGAGAGCUCUGGUCAGAGCUGGCUGAAGGCGAUCGCUAUGUAGUGGUUGACUGUGGCGGGGGCACAGUGGAUCUCACUGUCCAUCAGAUUAGACUGCCUGAAGGACAUCUAAAGGAGCUAUACAAGGCCUCAGGCGGUCCUUAUGGUUCUAUAGGUGUAGACUAUGAGUUUGAAAAGCUGCUGUGCAAGAUCUUCGGGGUGGAUUUUAUUGACCAGUUUAAGAUCAAGCGGCCUGCAGCCUGGGUGGAUCUGAUGAUCGCAUUCGAGUCAAGGAAGAGAGCGGCGGCUCCCGAGAGAACCAAUCCUCUCAACAUCAACCUGCCCUUCUCCUUCAUCGACUACUACAAGAAGUUCAGAGGGCACAGCGUGGAGCACGCCCUCCGCAAGAGCAAUGUAGAUUUUGUAAAAUGGUCUUCCCAAGGAAUGCUUCGGAUGAAUCCGGAUGCAAUGAAUGCUCUCUUUAAACCCACAAUAGACCACAUUAUCCAGCACCUCAGUGAUCUGUUUGAGAAGCCCGAAGUGAGCGACAUCAAGUUCCUCUUUCUGGUCGGAGGUUUUUCCGAAUCUCCUUUACUCCAGCAAGCCAUUCAGACCAUGCUGGGGGGCCGCUGUCGCAUCAUCAUUCCCUAUGACGUGGGGCUGACCAUCCUGAAGGGAGCCGUGUUGUUUGGCCUAGACCCCUCAGUGAUCAAGGUGCGCCGCUCCCCUCUCACCUACGGCGUGGGGGUCCUCAACAGGUACGUGGAGGGGAAGCACCCGCCGGAGAAAAUGCUUCUGAAAGACGGCACUCGUUGGUGCACCGAUGUCUUCGACAAGUUCAUCUCAGCCGACCAGUCAGUGGCCCUCGGGGAGAUGGUCAAGCGCAGCUACACCCCGGCCAGACCGUCCCAGCUGGUCAUUGUGAUCAACAUCUACUGCUCGGAGAUAGACGACGUCACUUUCAUCACAGACCCUGGGGUUAAGAAGUGCGGCACUCUGCGUCUGGACCUUACAGGGACAGAGCCCUCCUCUGUUCCAGCCCGCAGGGAGAUCCAGACCCGCCUGCAGUUCGGGGACACUGAGAUCAAGGCUAUGGCACUUGAUAUCGCCACCUCGAGAUGUGUCAAGGCCGGCAUUGAUUUCCUAAAUUAUUAAUCCUGUAUUCAUGUAACCGCACACAAGUAACACAAUGAAACACCUGGAGAAUACCAAGGAGUCUUAGUGUAGUAGUUAAACAAAUAAGUGUGCCUCAAAGCUAUGUGAUUUGUCAGCAAUUCAGAAUAGUAAUAUCUACUAUUGCAGCCCAAUUGGUUAAGGACUGAUUUAAAGAUGCAGCUAACUGCAGUCUUGUUUUACAUUUAAAUAGAAUGCCUUUAUUGGUGUUCUGCUGUCUGUGAAAGAGACUUGACUGCCCUGCUUGUUUACAUUCCCCAAAGAUAUUUAGUUUUAGGGGUCCAAGCUUCCUACCCCCCAGAUGUGGGAUGUUAUAAUGUGCUAAUAUUCCACAUUUCGAAAUUGUGUGUUUGUUAUAAUAACGAACGGGCUAUAGCUAUAGAACUGUUCUAUAUAAAGCAUUCUGGUUUUAGGAAAAAAAUUAACUGGUAGUCUCAAUUUAUCAAAGUUUGAAAUUACUGCCACAUUUUUGCUGAUAAAUCACUUUUUUCAUCACAUGCCUACUUACGACACCAACACACUGCUAAAAAUCAUACAUUGCAAAUGAAUAUAACACCUUGAAAAAUGAGCUUUUUAAGCCAAUGGUCUUUCAGGCUUUUCAGGCUCCAUUACUGUCGUUUCACCCUCUGUAAAAAGCUUGGUUGUCAAUGAUAUGCACAUUGCUAUGAAACUAAUCUUUGAAAUCCUAGAAUGUGAACUGUUAAAAGUAACUAGGAAAACCAAAAGCUAACUAGAGAAUGCUGCUAGCUGAACCUGCCUCAAUAAUUUCAAUAGCCAUAGCAAUAUGCUUGUUGCCUUUUUUCUUUUUCUUUUUAUGCUUGUGGAAAAUGGCCACUAUUUAAAUAGCUAAUUAUUACAUUUUAUGUUGUAUUCCAGAGUUCAAUAUACCGAAGAACACUGGCGUUGAUAUAUAAUAAAAUACUUAUUUUUAUUUGAAUGUAUAUACAAUAUUUAAAAUAUUGUACAGAUUUUUAUUUUAUUUUAGCAGCUUGUAGAUUUGAGAAUAUGCUGGCUAAUGUGGAUAGCUUUCUGUUCUCACCAGCCUGUGUGUCAAAAACUGAAAAAAGUGUUAUGUGCGAUUUAAAAGUCAGUAGAAUCCGACUGCAAGACAUUUUAAUAAAUUGCUGUUAAAACUGAAAGGCCUUAUUGUAUAGGAGUGUGGUAUAUCAGCAUUGUAUUGAAGCCAUGAUUGAUUUGUAUUGGGUCUGUGUCUGUGUCCUGUGAGCUGCCCAGCUUAACUAAAAACCUAAAACAUGUAUUAGCAUCUAAAUGCAAUUAUGUAUGUAAUCAGAAACAACGCACCAAGUAUGUUACUGUUUGGAAGGAACACUAUUUACAGACAAUCUGAGAACAACACGUGAUAUAUAUUCUUACCUGUUAACACUUGGGCCAUAUUUUCAAAGCGUUUACUCCAGUCUUGAACUCUUCUCUUUUGAAAGAGGUAAAACACCUGUUACUUUUACAAAACUAGAACCAUUUCAAGUUAUUUUAAGCACUCUCAGUGGGGUUUUGUUUUUCGCUUUGUAAUGCCAACAUGAUUUAUUGUUUGUCCUUUAAAAAAAUAGGAGGUAGUUAAAGAAUAGAGGAAACGCUUUGAAAAUAUGGCUUUUCCCCUUUUGUCGUUUGUCCCAUCAUCCCCUUCUCCACCUCACAGACGGUUUCGUCAGGGUUGCUUUUUGUGAGUUCCCUGUCUGUCCUGUUUUGGCUGUUCAUUGCUUUGUUUAUGCUGUUAAAUUUCACUCACUAGGAAAUAAACCUCUUGACAAAUCA